AGGCAAGACAUUUUCUUGGCUUUUUUUCGAUACUGAAGUACUACCUACUGUUUCUUGUCCAACUACACUUCCGACAUGACCUUGCAGGCUGAAAGUUCAUUUUUGCCCCUGAAUAAUUCAAAACAAAUGAAAAAUACAAAUGCCUCCAAAGGCCUUCGAAAUCAAAGCACUACGGAUUUCGAAAACCCCCAAAUAAAGCCGCAAAGGCCUGGUGGGAAAUACCUCUUCCGCCUAUUAAGUCGCCACAAGGCUCUUGGGUUUUACCACAUGCUUGUCUUUGAUGGCUAAAAAUCUCCAUCCAAUCCUACCAUCAUCGAUUUAGGUACCUCCUCUGCGGCUCUGAUGCAUAUGAUCACUCGUAGCAUCCCUUCCUUCUGUCUGUCUAUCUAUCCGAGGUUGGGGUAUGGAUGUAGUGAAUGUGCAUACAAACAUGCACAACAUGGGUAUUAUGAGGAAUGAUGGAGUGGCGUGAGUUAGUCAGUCGAGUUUCAUUCUUUCGCCCGUUCAGACUGAAGUGGUGAAACCAAUUGGCAAAAAAGGCCACAUCACAUCUCACACGUCUCCUUAACAUGAGGAAGCUCAGAGAACCUGCCAAUGUCAACGAGAUCCAGAGACCAGUGCCAAUCAUGCCCACGGCUCGAAGUGUCAAACCCAAGAACAAUGCUCAGAAGACCAAUGACAACAAUAAUCAUCUGAUGACCAAGGAGUCGAGUGAACCGAGCACAGUUGUCAAAGUGUCCCAAGAGACGUCCAAAAAUGAACCACCCCAGCCCAAACCCCGAGGUUCUCAGCUCCACGAGGUGCAGGAGCACCAAUAUGAGAACCAAGGGGCCAUCAAGGCUAUAAAGGCUAUCAAGGCCAAAUCAAACCGGUCGUCGGAUAACAAGACCAAGCACAUGCUGAACGAGGCAGCCGAGGCCGUGGCCAAAUCCUUCACCAAGCAAACCUUGGGCAUUAACAAAGUCAACGUGGUCGAAGCUCUCCAGGAUUUCUGGCAAAUGAAGCAAGCUCGAGGAGCCUCCUUGAAAAACGGUGCCUUGGUCAUCUACGAAUCCGUACCAAGCAACACUCCACCUUAUGUCUGUUAUGUGACGCUUCCCGGAGGAUCCUGCUUUGGCAGCUUUCAGAACUGUCCAACGAAGGCCGAGGCCAGGCGAUCGGCAGCCAAGAUUGCUCUCAUGAAUUCGGUGUUUAACGAGCAUCCAUCGCGGAAAAUCACCGACGAGUUCAUCGAAAAAGCCAUUGGCGACGCACGACAAUCCCAUCAAAAUGACGCAGAGAGCAUAGACAAUCCAACCACUGGGAUUGGAGCUUUUAGAUUUAUGUUGGAAGCCAAUAAAGGCAAGACCAUGCUAGAAUUUCAAGAGCUUAUGACUGUGUUCCAAUUGUUGCAUUGGAACGGCUCCCUUAAAGCCAUGCGAGAACGCCAAUGUUCCCGACAAGAAGUGGUGGAGCAUUACUCACAAAGACCCUUGGACGAUGACAUGCGAUCUCAGAUGGCCUUGGAUUGGAUCGCCCGUGAACAGGAAUCCAGAGGCAUUCUAGUUCAAGAGCUCAAAAUGGCCGAACAAGAGUGUGAAGGAGCACGUAUCGCUGGCAGAGAACUUCGCUUUCCCAAGGAAAAGAAGGACAUUCUCAUGUUAGCAGCCAGUCAAAUGAACAACGCCACUGGAGACUCCAAUUGAAGAUGGAGUGAGAGUUGGUUUCAUCUAUUGUCCCAAUCAGAAAGAGGCUGUGAUAUUGUUCCCCCCAUUCACAUGGCGUUAGCCGCCAUUUUGAUAUGACUUAUCAUUUUAUUUAAGUGUCCAUGUCUUUCAAUAAUAAACGAGAACCGUGAAAAUAGAA